AUGGCUCCCAAGCGAAACCUAUCUCAGGAUAUAGCCUACCGAAAAAGACAAGCUCGACAGAUCAAUGCCACGAAUGGGGGCCCAGUCGCACUGACUACCUCGGGAUAUGACACGGUCAGCUCUCGGCCUUCGAUACCCGCGAAAACCGCGAGCGCUAACGAUAAAAAUGGCCCGGGGCCAAAAUUCAUUAUUGGGCUCGAUUUUGGAACAACCAUGACUUCAGUAUCAUACUACAAGCUCAAGUCUGGGAAGCGUCCAGUCAACGUGGGUCGGAAUGCAAUCAAGUCCGUCACUCAUUGGCCAGGUUCAGGUCGGGAUCAGAGCAGAGGCGAAGUUCCAAGCGAGAUGAUCUACCUGGGGAGUAACGAAUACUAUUGGGGCUAUGAAGCACGCAGACACUUAAAGCAUGCACACUCAACUGGGGCAUCAUUGGAUGAUUCCAGCAGGCUCAUUAGGCUCACUAAACUCAUUCUGGAAGAUCCUGGUCCAAAGUCCAAAGAAAAUGAUGCAUUACGUGAGGUGAAAAAGACACUCAGAUAUUUAGGGAAGAGCGUGAAAGAUGUCAUUACAGAUUAUUUGGUUGAAGUCUUCUGUUAUACCAAAAAACAUUUGAAGGAUCACGAAACAUUUCGGGAGACAAGCCCAGUGGAAUUUUCCCUAGCUACUCCUGCCGGGUGGGCUAUGCGAACCUCUUGGUCCAUGCAAGAAAUAGUGAGAGAGGCCGCAGUGAAGGCUUCACUAUGUCAGCCAUCUGAGCCGCUAGACUUGUUCAUAAUCAAUGAGCCCGAAGCAGCUGCGGCGUUUGCCCUAGACGUGAUGGUCGGUACCAAACGGUUACAGAAAGGAGAAACGUUCUUAGUGUGCGAUGCUGGAGGUGGUACAGUGGAUAUUACCACUUAUACUGUAAAGGCACAAAAUCCACUUCGCCUUCGUGAGGCAAUUACUCCUACCGGUGAAGAUUACGGUUCUACUUGCGUCAACCGAGCCAUGGAGAAAGACCUCCAAGAUCGCUUCAACUCUGACUCUGAAUCUGAAGCAGUACUCUCCGAGAAAGGAAUUUCAACCAAAUAUCAACUUUUUCACGAUGUUUUUCGAAAUUUUGAAGAAGAGCUGAAGCGUAAUUUCGAUUCAAGUCGCGGCUUAGACGGGCAUGAAUAUCUCGACUUCCACGGAUUAGAGCCAACCCUACAAGCCGGGUUAAACGGCAGUAUUAGCUUUGAAAGCAACACAAUUAAGAUCUCUAGGAGUGGGGUGCAACAAUGGUUUCUACCGAGCCUUGAAGGGAUCGCGCUUUUAAUCCAAGAACAGCUCAACAUCGCUGCAAAGAAGAAGCUAGUUAUGCAGAAAGUCAUAUUUGUCGGUGGUUACUCGCAGUCCAACACAUUCCGGCACUUUAUGGAGGAAAGGUUUCGACGUCUUCAAUUGAGCUAUCCGAAAGACAGUGGAUGGGAAGCAAUUGUCUCUGGCGGAGCUGUUUAUCGUGCGAUAGACAAGAGCAACGGACCUCGCCGAAUAAUCCUUGCCAACAUUGGCAUCCUUCAAGUUGAGGAACAAAACAGAAAGCUCGUUGCGCAUCGAAACAUCGUUCCUUACUUUAACCCAUGCGAUGAAAAGUACUACAUCGAUAAUUGUUUAAAUUGGAUUAUCAAAAAGGGUCGCGUCGUAGAAUUUGACGAAACCUUCACGGAAAAAUACUUCCAAAUUAUCGAAGAAGGCCAAGAUCUGGAAAUCAGGCAACGAAUCUUUUACUCGGAAAAGGACGAUGUCAAGGACCACUAUCAAUUGGAACACGAGAUGAAUAGAGGGACUUCCCAAUCUGCUGCACUGAUCGUGGUAGAUCUCACAGAACUGAUGGACCUGUACCCAUUGCAAUUGAAAGGGAAUUCAGGGAACAGACAUUAUGUAGUCUGGUAUGAUAUCGUCGCAAGGCUUACUGGUCGUAACCUGGAGGUCUCUCUGAGAUAUCCUGCAGGUCAAGAUGUCCGAGGGUCUGCCCAGGUCUGCAUUGCGGCAUCAUUUCGACCAGGUGUGGCGUGA